AUGAGCAUUCCCGAAGUUGUUAAAGAUUGGAACGUAUGGAUGUAUAAAUUAUUAUUCAAUAAUCUAUGUGUCAAAAAACAUAUUACACUUUAUUAUUAUAACGAAUUUGAAAGGGUACAUAAUAAUGAAUUUCAUGGGGAUAUUUACGAAGCGAUUUUACGAAAAUUUCAAAAGAAAGUGUUUCUCAAAACAAUGCCGUGGUCAACUCUCGAGGAUUUUUUGAAUAGAGUGAAAAAUAUUCAAUCGGGAAUAUCUUAUGAAUUAAUAAAAUUAUGUAAAGAUUGUUUACAACAUAAUGAAACUGAUCGUCCUAGUAUUCAAGAAAUAGUCAAUUGUCUUGAUAAAAUUGAUUCAAAAAUCAAACAAAAUGAAUUUAUAUCAUCUGCAAAAAGAAUAAAAUUGGAAAAUUCAAAAUUUUGUAAUGACAUAGAAAAUAUUGAAUAUGAACCAAUGUUUACACCAUUUAUUCCUAUAAUAACUAGAGCAAUUUGUUAUGAAAAUGGAUGUGGUAUAGAGAUAAAUAAAAAAGAAUCUUUAAAAUGGUAUUUAAUUUCAGCGGAAAAUGGAAAAACAGAAAGUCAACGUAGGUUAGGAGAUUACUACAACGAUGGUACAGGGACACUGAUAAAUAUAAUAAAAUCAAUUUAUUGGUUUCAAAAAGCAAGGGAAGGUAAAGAUACAUAUUCGUCCAGGAUAUUAGAUGAAUUUAUCGAUAGUUUUGAUCGAAUUGGCCCAAUUAGUUAA